AUGCCACUACCAGCCAAACCUCUCAACGCUAUCAGCCAGGCAUUCCCUCCCAAGCCUCAAUUCACCGAGGCAAAUGUUCCCGACCUCACAGGAAAAGUCACCUUAGUCACUGGCGCAAACACAGGCGUUGGUCGCGAAAUCGCCCAGGUCCUCUACAGCAAAAAUGCGACAGUCUGGGUAGCUGCUCGCAACGAGAAGAAAGGGCGCGAUGCUAUCGAGAGUAUCAAGAAGCAGCACCCUACAUCCCAAGGUUCCAUCAAGUAUCUCAAGCUCGAUCUUGCAGAUUUGACCACCAUUGGCCCGUCUGCCAAGGAAUUCCUCGCAGAAGAGAAGAGACUUGAUAUCCUGUUCAACAAUGCUGGAGUCAUGACGCCGCCAGAGGGCUCCAAGACUGUGCAGGGAUAUGAGCUCCAGCUCGGAGUCAAUUGCUUAGGUCACUUUUUGUUCACGAAACACCUCACGCCUCUCCUUCAAUCGACAGCCAAGUCAGCACCCAAGAACUCUGUCCGUGUCGUUUGGGUGUCGAGUUCAGCGGCGGAUGUCUUAUCGUGCAAGGACGGGUUUGAGCGGGAUAACCUUGAUUAUCAUGAGCCACGCAACCUGAUCCACAAAUAUGCCACCAGCAAGGCCGGCAAUUAUUAUCACAACACCGAGUUCGCAAGAAGAUACAAGAGUGAUGGCAUUAUCAGUGCGUCUUUAAAUCCUGGUAAUCUGGCAAGUGAACUUGAUCGAACUUCGCCAUGGUAUAUGUACUAUCCCAGGCUCUUUACAACAUACCCUUCCAUUAACGGCGCCUACACGGAACUCUUUGCUGCUUUUUCAAAGGACAUCACUGUGGAGAACUCUGGUAUUUGGGUGGUUCCGUGGGGCCGUUUCAUGCCCAUCCGCCCUGACCUGCAGAAGGGAGCUUUGCCAGAAUCUGAAGGUGGCACUGGUAUGGCAGAGUUCUUCUGGAAAUGGUCUGAAGAACAGAUCAAGCCCUACUUCAAGAGCUAG